AUGGCGCAAGCCAUCCUUCGAGGAACGUUCGGUGGUUGGCGCGACGUCCACGGCCGGAAUCCUUCCGCAGUCAUCCGGGCGAAGCAGCACAACUGGACCACCAGGCGUAGUCGCUGCUUGUCAAGAGUCCUCACGACGUCCCUGGACCGUGACGGGCAGGCUGUUGAUCGCCUCGCCUGGACCACGGCAUUCACGCUCUGGGCGGCGGAGGCAAGACGUGCCCGAGGCGAGCGCAUCGGCUCCGCCGAGAAGCUGGCAGACACCCUGGCCAUCACUGUGAUGCUCUGGCGUCAGGAUCAGUUCUACAGCAUCGUGUACCGCACGAUGGCUGCGUGGAAGAUUGCUGUCCUUGACAUCGGUCGCGGGAGGCACAAGGAGAUGUCCGCGGCACGUCGGGCGGCUUUGCUCCGAGGUGCAGAAGUGCUAACCCGAGACACGCCGGGCAUGCUGGCAGCAACCAUUGCGCUCCGGAUGCUGCUUGCAUGGCGACACCUUGCUCAGGUCGGCGAAAAACGCGUGAACCGCCGCAAGGCGCACAUAGCGGCGGUCCUUGUGACCAGUGGCAAGAAGUCCGACCAAGAGAUGCUUAGACUCAUCGUACACUGGUGGCAGGUGGAGGCCCAGACCGCAUCACACAGCAGCGCGCUGAGUCACAGGAGGUGGAACUACAUGAAGAUCGCCGACUACAUACUGAACCGCGAUGAGUUCUUCUGCAUCCUCGAAGUCUGGUUCGUGCGUUGGCGAUGGAGUUACUUCGGCCAGCGGUCUAUCAGCUUGGAGGGCGAGGUACGGAUGUUGGCCAACCUACUGAACGAGUCCACGCUGACCUGCAGGGAGCUCCGAACGCAGUUGCUGACACUGCGCGGCAGCAGCUGGC